ACUCCGUUGGUCUUCAGCGAUUCGCCGAGCAACCAAAGUACACAGAGGUCAAUCCUGGCCAGGACGCUUUGCUAGUAUGCAAAGUGAUCGACAAACGAGGCGUUUGCUCGUGGCAAAAGGACAAUAAGCCAGUUGGGAUAUAUCUCAAAAAGUAUGAAUGGGCCAGUCAGUACGGAAUCGGCCAAACGACGCAUAUAGGAGGCGAUUGUUCGCUGUGGGUUCGAGCAGCUCAGCUAGAAUUUGAUGACGGUCUUUGGGAGUGUCAGGUGACUGCGAGCGAUUUCACAACACAGGAUGCCCUCACUAGUCAACCUGUCAGAUUGGUAGUCAGAGUUCCACCACAACGACCCAGACUCGAACAUGAAGGCGUUCAUGUUCCUCCCGGGCACAACGUUACCGUAGAUUCCGGUGCGAUGGCCACCGUGAAAUGUGUCUCGCACUACGGAAACCCUCCAGCGCAGUUGAAGUGGUUUCUAGGUGACCAGGAGAUAACGCCAUUGCAUCCGCAAAUGAACUCGACAGAACCAGACAACCCUAGGACAUGGUCUGCAGCGUCCGUGGUUCAAAUUCCAGCUAACAAGGAUCGACAUGGUGCUAUUCUUAAAUGUCUAGCGAUACAUGAAUCGUACGCGGCCCGCUCGGUAGCUGUCGAAGCACGAUUGGAUGUGAAGUAUGCGCCUACGGUAAGACUUUUAGGCGCGCCACAAAUCGACCUGGAGGAAGGAAAAGAUUCACUCAUCCUACGCUGCCAGGCCGAUGCCAAUCCUACAGCAAGCAUUGUAUGGCGACGGGCGGGCCGCUCGGAAAUAGCUAGUUUACAAGAAUCACUCCAACUGAGACCCGUUGGCAGGCGUGAUGCCGGUCUCUACACGUGCCAAGCGCAAAACUCUGUGGGCACCUCGGAAACACUUUCAGUUCAAUUAGAUGUAAAAUAUGCCCCAAAGAUUUUAUCAGCCGGUCCCGAUCGAUUAACAACGGCACCGCUGUUUAGUCCCGCUGCCUUCGAAUGUGUAGCGGAAGGAAAUCCGCAACCCACAUACAAAUGGGUGCAAAGGAUCUCCACACAGAGUAAACCAUUCCUCGACAGAGGACGAGAGUCAAGACUGGUAAUAGAUAACGUAACGUACGACUAUCAAGGCGAGUAUGAGUGCCGAGCGACUAACUUCAUCAAUGGUCAGGAAAGGACGGCCACAUCCGAUCCGAUUGCACUUCAAGUAGUCGGUGCACCACAGGUUCUGCGAACGUCAUCAACUGCUUCUGGACAUUCAGUUUCAGUCCGGAAGGGAGACUCUGCCACACUUUCGUUAAUAGUGUGUGCCGACCCACGGCCUCGCCACGUUUCCUGGGAAUGGGGCUCGUUGCGGUUAGAAGCUGGAUCUGGUAUAGGCCGCUUUCGGGUCGAUGACGUUACACAGGACAGCCGGGAAGAUUGUUACCUAGCAACGUUGCACAUCGACGAUGCUGACUUGCAGGACCAGCGUCCGUAUUAUCUGGUGGUCGAGAACGACCGAGGCACCGACCGACAUGCAGUAAAUCUGCGAGUUGAGGGGAUGUUUUCAGUGGAACCACUAGAAUUGAGUUACCUGCUCGGAAUCGCCGGGGGAUGCCUGGCGGCUUUCCUAAUCCUCGUCUGCCUGUGUAUCUACGCGAUACGGACGAGGAAGUGUUGUUUUAGAAAUCGAAACAACUACAAAACAUCAGAAAAGGACAGCGAAAAAGCGGACCUGAAAUCACGAUCCGACAGCACUAGCGUACCGCCGCUCGAUUCCAUCUAUACCACUCCGACCGGCUUCCAUCAUCAUCACAACGGAACGCCCGGCUCGCCGGAAGCUAUGAAGGUACGAAUGGCUGCUAUGAUAUUACAACCACCGACAAGGGUUUAUAACGGUAGCACUAGUCCGAAAAAUGCUUCAAACACUGACCGAUCGGUUCCCGGAUCCGACUCAACUAGUCCCCCUAGCCGAGGCGAUCAAACGGAACCAAUCGCCAGUGCCAGUAGCUAUCAGUCUCAGACUAAAUCUAACGACAGUAAUGAAACGAAUGGUGGUGGCAUUCGCUUGUUCAAAGUAAGUGAUUAUAGUGUGGAGAAAUUCAAUCGAUUUCUAGAUAAACUAGAUAAAAAUAACUUUUUAAUUAAAACGAACUUUAAAAAAUCUUACUCACUAAUUCUAACUAGGUCGCAUGUAGCAGAGCAGAGUUUCGCUGUAGCGUGCACAACCAAAGAUAGUAACAAUGACAGCAACAAUAACUGUAAUGAUAGUGUAGAAGGGAAGAAGCAAAAGGGAAAUUUAAUUAAAGCCAACUCCAGCACGGGCAUCUAUCAUCAACUGGGAAAGAGCAUUGAACAGCCACAAGAGCAAUUGGACAGCAAACGGAAGCCACCAGUGACGCAUGAUUUGAAUUCUAUCAGUGACACCGGAAUUCAACAGUAUCCGACUGCAGAGAGCAAGCAGAAGGAAAUCGAAAGGGUAAACGAAAGGCAAAGGCCAGCGGAAGCUGGCAAUAAUUACAAAACCAAAAGUUUGUCAUUGUCGUACUGCAAUGAAGGUGGAAAAGAUAACAACAAUGAUAGCGAUGAAUUUUGCCAGUCGGAAAUAUUCGAUAACGACUCGACAGUUCCCGAGAGCCAACUAGACUUUGUUGUGAAUGAUCUGACCGGAGAUGCAGAAAAGACGGCAGAUAGGAUUCAAGUUCCUGCUAGGAAAAUGGAAAACAAUUACGAGAAUAUACGUCCAUGCAGUAGCAGCACACUGAGCCACUGCUCGAGAAAGCAUAUCCGAAGGAAAUCCAAUAUCUCCUACCGGAAUUACCACCAAGAGGACAAUAACGGUCGAAUGAGCCUAUCGAAAGAGGAGCAUGAAAUCAGUAGCAACAAUGAUGCAAGAAAUAAAAGUGCCAUACCUACACGUUUUUUCAAACGCCAGGACUAUGCUCAGCCGGAGCUUGAUUUCCCUUCGGACUACUCGGAACCUGGUGGCGAGGGAACAACAUUUAGCAAGCGAGGACCAAAAGUCAACGCCGAUCUGUUCCAUCUGCCGUUUGGCACCCGCAAGAAGCAGGACAAAAUGCCCCAGUUGAAAAAUAUAAAUCUCAACUUCCCCAAUAAAACCACCCAUUUUGACGAGCAAAACCAGCAGCCAUCGAAUAAAGUAGCGUGUCAGCCUCACCUGGUACUGCAUCCUGUUCAGUGGCAGAAAAAUGAAAACAAAUAUUUUAGUAAAGCUAAAACACAAAUCUUGAAACUCGGUCAACGAUGUAAGCUCCUUGGCACCACAAAGGAAAAAAGAAACCACUACAUCAGCUCAUACAACUUGGAUGACUUGAUAAAAGCCACUCAUAAGUACGAAGAAAACGAAAAAUCCAAUCUUAGCAAUAAAAUUGUAUAUAAAAGCUACAAGUCCGAGUUGGAUCUAACGAAAAAUCUGGCCUAUCUGGAUACGUUCCUCAACGAAACGUUCGAUAACGAACCGGAACAGGAAGCACAAAAAGUGCGAAAACCAACGCGUCCGCGCCACGUACACAAGCGUGCAAAAUCCUGUUCGAAAACUCUUGACCAGAUGCUGAUGACAGCAUCGACCACAACCGCACCGCUGCUGAUGCCGCAGCCUAAUAACGCACGGACGCAAAACCUAAUUCUACUGGAUGACGCGUGGAGUGAACAUAAAAAAGUCAACAGUGAACAGCUCAAAAACAACACAGUUUCCUCCUGUUCUAGAGCUAGUAGAACUAAUAAAACAAAAUUAGCUAGUCUUAUUAAAAUGGAAAAUGACUUUAGCACGACGACGGUGGCGAACGAACAGAACCUGUUCAACGAUGCACGCCCGGUGAUGGCGGGAGAAAAAAGUGGCAAGAGUAACACCACUUCUAGUUCGCUCAGCAGCAGUGACUACGCUUCCGUUUACAGUGCACCUUCCCCCGGUGCUGGAGGCAACAACUCGAGUGGUAAUAAAAUUCAAAAUUUGAAGCUGAUUGGUACGCCCGAGGAAACACUGCGCUGCUGCGGCGAACGAGGUGACUUUAUCGAGUACUCUCCAAAACGUCCCUCGAAAAGUAGAACCGAAGAAAAUGACUCCAACCUAGACCUGUUGGUGCUAGACGAUGGUAGCUAUUAUUCGCUGCGAGCCAAUAAAUCACACCAAAUUCAUAACAAUUCCUCCAACUGUUCAAUUCCUAUCGAACGCUCCCACAACCAAGACCCAGAGUUCUAUCCACAUGAGUUUCAUAAUGCGUCCACCCUUCAGCUGCCACGUCUAUCGCAGCAGAACCUAUACCCAGAUUCAUCAUCGUCAACCCAUCGACAGCAGCGAGCAACACGUGAUCCGGCACAGUUUCGGAAGCAACAUAACAAUCCUCAUCAUCGCCGCCACCACCAUAAUCACACUCAACAGCGCCAACAUCCACGUCGAUGGCACCAUCGACAGUCGCCACUUGAGGCUGAUUUAACAUAUCAAGAGGAUUAUCUGGAGCACUAUCAAAGCACACGAGCAGCAGCGGCAGCGGCUGCAGUUGGAUUCAAACCGGUACAAUCGAAAGGAGGAAGUGGUGCAAGUUCCGGUACCAUCGAGAGCAAUUGUGAUUCUUCGCUGGAAUACUUUCCGAAUCAAUCAUAUCACUACGGAAAUACAAUCAUCGAUAACGAGACUCUAAGAAACAAUAUUUCCGUUAACGAACGAGGCCACGUCGUCGACAACGCCGACAAUGACGUUGAUGAUGAAGAUGACGAUUCCAAUUCUCUGGAUGACAAUGGUGUCGAUGAUGACGAUGAUGACGACAACGAUGAGGACGCCGACGACGGCGACGACGAUGGUAACCCAAAUGGUGAUAACGAUGGCGAUAGUGGCGGAAAAAUUGCGCGGGAUGUCAUCGUCAGCCAUGACUAUAACGACCGUGUAGCAGGGCGAAGCCGAGCGCACAGUUUCACAAAUGAUUUCAGCCAGAAGGAUUUUCUGACAAGCUCCAGAUCCUUUAGCAGAGGCACUGCUGUAAAGCUCUCGCAAGCCAGUGGAACUGUUAAUCCUAGCUUCCUAAGCAGUUACGGUCCGCAUCGGGUAAUUGUCUCCAAAUCGCACAAACAGCGUGGUGAGCUCGUCUUGGAGUACGAGUGUUAGCAGGAAAUUAAACCUUGCCCUGCAAUCACAUAUUCUCUGAACAUAUCGCAUCGGAUGUACUUAUAGGCGUAGCUGCUCGAGCAAAGCACACAAUUAAUCCUACGACUCAAAAUGAAAUCGAUUUUCACAUGUGGAACAUAAUGUGGUAACGACAAUAAUUAGUAUGUAAGACGAGAGACACUCGAACAGUCUAUACAUAUAUAGUGCAUAAGUUAGUUAUCCCAAAGAUGAAAGUUAGUAGUAUUAUCAACGACAAGUGAGUGUACAUGUUUGUAAAUAAGCGCUUCGGAUUUAUCCUUUUUACGUAACAGAGUUUGCUACAAAGUUGGAGUUGCUUAAGAUGAGAAUUUUAUACUGUUACGAUGAAGUUUGUUUGUAAAGUUUAAUUAAUUACUUUUUGGCGUAAGCAUUAAAAGCAUACUGCCAGCAGCCGGUGCUAAUGGUACUCUCAACUUUAAUGGCCCAAACGUAAACUGACCAGGGAAAUUUAAUUUUGUCCUCGCUUAUUACAUCUACGAACCAGCAGUGAACCACCCUCCACCUGAUAAUAAAAAAUAAAUAACUUCUCAAUGGUGGCCACUUCCUUCAAGUUUGAAAUCUUAAACGACCGAAAAGUGCUUUGCUAAUCAAUAAAUAUCUUCUCCAUUUCUACAAUAUACAUUCAAUACAAAAUGCCUCAGCCCAGCUGUCGAUUAUCUUCGUUAAAGAAUAAUUUCGUAAUUGCAAAAUAACUCACUUUGAAUCGAAAAUACCCACUGCAUCAUUCCCUGUGCCCAGCGUGGCCCACCCACAAAGGAUAAGGAAUCCGAUGUAACGUUCUCAAUCUUCGUUACAGGAGCUUGCGGCACCCAGUAAGCAUAUUCAAGAAAUGUUUCCUCACAAAGUCAUAACAAGUUUUUCUCUUAAGCAAGACAGUGGCAGUGUCUCUUUCUCUGUCGUUGAGGGAAAGACAACGCUUCUAUACAUCCGCUGCACUGUGCUCAAAUUGUUUAACGAAGAAUUCCACUAACGACCAUGUUUAGUCUAGGAAGGCUUCGUCAAAACUAUUUAUUAGGAAACUUUGAGAUUAUGUAUAAACCACUGAACUUCGAUCAUUAUCUUCUUCGUACGAUAACCAAUUGAAAUGUUUCUGAACACAAGAAUUUAAAAACAUUACUGCAGUAUAUCGAGGGAAAAUUUUAUCAUUUUUUUUUCAAGGGCCAACCCCUAGAUUUGUGCCAUUAGGUGAAAAAAAAACUCUCUGAAAAUUUCAGCUCAUUCCGAUGUAACACGAGCUGGCGCUUUUGAUUUAAAAUUUAUAUGAGGAUAUUGGUUGAAAUGUAUGAAGAAAUAAUAUCCCUUCACCCUUUCGUGUAUAGAACUGGCUCAGCAAACUUCAGCUGCCUGUAUCUGCAACAUAUAAACUAGAUUACCACUAAAUAUAAAAGUUCAAAUUUUGCACAGGCCAACAUCCAGGCUCGUGUCUUUAGAUGCAAUAACCACUAUCUGAAUGCUUCAGCUCUUUUUAACUUUACACGGGCUGACGCUUUUGGUUUAAUGUUCUUGUAGAAGAUUUGGUUGAAAUUUCCAUACACAAAAUGCUCAUAUACAUUCAAAAGCGAAUACCUCAAUAAAACUAACUGGAUUGCAAUCUUCAGCUAAGUUGUUACUAAUUAACUGAACUACAAGUUUUGAAAAUCUGAAUCAAAUCGAGAACAAGGAAACUUUUUUAUGAUCGAUUGAGUGUAGGAGUGCCCUUUCUUCAUGUAUAUUAUACAAAAUUCAAACUAAAAGCGCCAGCAAAUUGGCCUUGUUGACUCUAUAUAUCAGUGCCGUUGUGUGCUAUUGAUGCAACAUCCUCAGUCAAUUCAAAGUAGCUUAGAUGCUCCAUAAAGAUAGGCUAAUUUACGAUUCAAUACAUGAUUCUACCAUGACCUCAUCGAUUACUAUAAAGAGUAGUAGCAGUGAUAGUGUACAGCCUUGCUUCAUGCUAGCGACUAAUCGGAUAAGCCCGGACAUGACUUCAUUAGGCGCAGGGCUCUGCUCGAAAAUUUAUAAUUUUAUCCGGCACUCUCUUGCGUCUCAGGGUGCCCAGAGAUUCUCGUGAUUGAUUCGUAUGAAUGAUUUUUCGUUUUUUGAAUACCAAAUGCAGAAACUCUCCCAAUAACGAUGCAUCCCAAUCGUCACGCACAGUAAAAUCCCCCUUCUUUUGGAACUUCACAUAGAAGUUCUGCAUUCAGUCUAUAGGAAAACAUACAGUUCCCCAGAUACUACAGAAUAAUUAAUUAAACACUUUGUGCGAUCAGCAUGGGGUCAACUUUAAGCAUCUCUGCUAUCGAUCUCUGUAGCCUUGUUGGAUUUCAUGUUUCGGAUAGCUACUAUUAUCUCUUGAAGGGAUGGAGCCUCGGAAUUGUCGCGAAGGAUGUGCCCAUCUAUGCAAACCAACAACACCGGAUACCCUUCAGUGUUCUCUAAUUUAAAGUAGGGUGCAUAGUCAAUAUCGGUGUCCUUGCUUGAUAUUGUCGCCAAAGAAUUCGAUUUUGUUUAACAAAAGGGUGCGACUUUGGAGGGAGCUCUCAUUUUUCGAAGGGUAUAAAUAGCUGGACCGUACAGUUAGAAUCGAUUUCUUACGUUAUAUGCAUGAAUGGAAACUGUAUCAAAACCGAAUACUUCCUCUUUACAGAAUAGUGAUGGAGUAAUACGACCUGCACUAA